AAAAAUUUCUUCCCAAAAUUUCCACGACUACAAUCUAUUCCUCUCCGCCAGCUGCAUCCAGUCAAUCACGAAAAAUGGCUGUUUUCUCCUCCGGUUAGCCAUCGAUCUCUCCCCGAUCGCCGUCGACGACGAUGCGCCGUCGCCGUACGCAGACGUCGGCGAUGGAUGGAAGUAUUCUGGACUCCCUUGGACAGGAGAUCGUUGGCGUGAUGUCGCCGGUUUCCAUCUGCAUGCUCCUCGUCGUCCUCCUCGUCUCUUGCCUCUCCCCGCCACCAUCUUCAAUCGAUUCCUCUACCUCCACUCCAGUCACCGCCGCUACCCUAGUCUAUCUCGAAUCGCCCUCCGAUCCCCCCGCUAAAAAACUCGCCGGUGCCCUCCUCAACGCAGCUGUCUUCGUAGUCCUUAUCGCCGUCGUUACUUUCCUACUUGUAAUCCUCUACUACUACAACUUCACCGGUUUCCUCAAAGCCUACAUGCGCUUCUCCGCCUUCUUCGUUCUAGCCUCCAUGGGCGGCUCGAUCCUCCUCUCCUUACUCCGCCGUUUCUCCCUCCCCAUCGAUGCCCCUUCGGCGGUCCUCCUAUUGCUCAACUUUUCCGUCAUCGGCGUGCUUUCUGUCUUCUCGGCCGCAGUACCCAUCGUUGUGCGCCAAUCUUAUAUGGUCGCUCUCGCCAUCAUCGUCGCCGCUUGGUUCACCAAACUCCCUGAAUGGACCACCUGGACUCUUCUCCUCGCUCUCGCUGCCUACGAUCUCGCCGCCGUACUCUGUCCCCGUGGCCCGCUGCGCAUCCUUGUCGAUCUCGCGUCGUCUCGUGACGAGGAGCUUCCUGCCCUCGUCUACGAAGCCCGUCCGACGACCUCCAAUCAAUUACCGUCCUCCUCUCCCUUCCCCGCGGCUUCGGUAGAGCUACAACCCCAAUAUCCCAUCAAUUCUAACCCUAAUGCUAACCCUAACUCAGAACCUCACCCAAAUUCAAAUUCAAAUGACAAUUCGUCAAGCUCCAAUCAAGCGGAUAACACCAUUGUGGAAAUUGAGAAUCUUGAAGAGGAGACUUUCCCUUUGGUAUCCGCUGAAACAGUCAGUGGUCAGCCAGGAAGCAGCCAUGGUGAUCAAAGCUCAGCAGCUGAGCAAGAAGACACUUUGGAAACUAGCAGGGGGAUCAGGCUUGGUCUUGGGGACUUCGUCUUCUAUAGUGUACUGGUUGGCAGGGCUGCCAUGUAUGACUUAAUGACAGUCUAUGCUUGCUACCUUGCAAUAAUAUCAGGGCUUGGAUGUACCUUGAUACUUCUGUCUAUAUGCCGGCAUGCGUUACCGGCACUGCCAAUUUCCAUAACCUUAGGAGUUCUAUUCUAUUUUUUGACCCGGUUAAUGAUGGAGCCUUUUGUUGUUGGGGCUUCUACGAGCUUAGUGAUGUUCUGACUGACUGUUUGGUGUUCAUCUUAGAAAUCCUGAAGGAUGGACGAAGUUCAAUGCUCCAAGUCGGAGGUGAAGUGCUCGUGGAGUAGAUGUGAUCCUCACUCGGUCCUUAUGGGUAAUCUUUUCCUGCUUGGGAACGGCGAAAGUCUGGUUUGUCUUCUUAAGAGGAGGUCAGACAUACAUAGUAAUCCUUGGAAGGACUCUAGGCUUGGUCCUCAUCAUAACAAUAGCUAUCAGAGCUUUUAUAUUGAUUUACUCCACCGAUGGUAGCCAAUAUGUUGGUCGCAUCAUCGAUGUAUUGUUAGCAUCCCAAUGUUACUGCAUAAGUUGCUUAAAAAAAAUUUAUGAUUGUAGGGUAGAUCUCAUUUAUGAUCUUAUGAUAGCUUCAAUCACUCUCAUGUUUUUAAAGUGAGUCAUUGCUUUUAAUAAUUAGAGUUUUUGACCCCACACUUAAAAACAGUCUUCUCAU